AUGGUAUCAAAUGCCACAUAUCACCUCAAGGAUGUGGAGGAAGAAGCUUUUACACAAGUCAACACCCUGCUUCUUGAUGACCUGAACGCGAAAGUCAAAGCAUCUCCCUCUCGAGAUAUGACCGACUUGCUAGAGCACAAGGCUAAAACAUAUCCUGCACUGCGGAAAGUGUUUCGUGAUUCUUCGAUGCAGUCAGCAACGCAAAGAACUGACUGCUCUGAUGAUGGUAUUGCGGCUGAUGAAAGACAUGAGUUCCAAGUUCCAACCAAUGCCACGAUCAUACGGCCACUAAGUGUAACUGCGUCACGGGCAGCCCUGAAGGAUUCUGAUGACUGUGGUCCACGUUCUGAUUUAUCUGCCAUCAUCAAAGGUCUUAAUAGAUUGGUGGCAACCAGUGAGGUCAUUUGGCACCUUGGGUCAACUGCAGUGCUGGGUCUCAAUCCAGAAAUUGUGAUGAAAGCCGGCAAUGAUAUCGACAUAAAUCACAUCCACACUCUAGACUACAUCAAGCACCAUGCACCGCGCGUUCCAAUACCGGAUAUACAUGGUGUCCUUCAAGAGCCUAACAGCAAUCGCAUCUUCUUGCUCAUGUCACGAGCGCCUGGCGAGCCGCUGGAUUCAAAGUGGAGGUACAUGGGCGAAAACGAGAAAGCUUCAAUCAGAGAGCAAUUAGAUACGAUUGUUGGCUACUUUCGGUUCUUGCCUGCUCCAGCCUCUGAUGAGACCCAUGCUGUGUUUGGUCGUGGCAACCCUCGCCGAUGCAAAGAUGCACGACGACAGAUCCGUGUUGCACAAGGGUGCAUCAGCAAUGAACACGAAUUUAACGAAUUUCUCACUUCCCACCCUCACCGGACCCGAACUGGCAACAUCGCUAUGAUCAGGUCCUAUCUGGAGGAUGACCACAAAAUACUUCUGGCCCAUGGAGAUUUGCAUCCACGAAAUAUCAUGGUAGUUACUAGCCUACAUGACCCAGUUGUGGACGCGGCUCCACUCAAAGAGCCACUCUGCACCACAAACGGCAUUUUACCAUCACCUGCGAUUCUUGACUGGGAAAUGUGUGGCUGGUACCCGGAGUACUGGGAAUACGUGAAGGCCCUGAAUACUAUUAUUCCCGGCAACGAUAUGGAUGAUUGGUGGGCCUAUCUGCCACUGACAGUAGGUGUAUGGCCUAGAGAGCAUGCGGUUGACUUGAUGCUAAGCAGAUGGCACGGCUGA